AUGGGGUUACCAUUUGGGUUUAGAUCAGACACGAAGGAAAACCUGCAAGGAGAAGCGCUGGUGCAGCUGACAGCUCCAGCCACUGAAAGCACCGGGCUGGGGGGGCAGCUGGCUCCCACCAAGGCCAUUUCCCCGAAAAGUGCCAUUGCAUCAACAGCCCCUCUGUGCGCAGCCGCCUGCAGUGGGUCUGCAAAAACAAACAGCCGAGGGAGCAGUGUCCAUCUAUCCACCCACACAGCAGCUUCGCUCGCUCCUCUCCCCCCAGCAGCCAUGGCCCCGGCCGGCGUCUCUACCAUCCUCAUCCUCACCUCCCUGCUUCCUGCAGCAGCCGCUCCCCACGAACCCACGCCAGCUCCGAGCCUGGCCAACACAACAGCACCAUGGCCGCUGGGGAUGUGGUGGUACGUGGCCGGGGCCGCCCAGCUGCCCCAGCACCUCCUGGAGCUGCUGCUCAUCGACCACGGCCACCUGCGCGUGGAGCCCGGUGUGGGGCAGGAGCUGCUCAUCACCCAGCACGUGGCCGUGGGUGACCAAUGCCUCUCCAACAACUCCACCUCCAUCCUCCUGGCCGCCAACGGCACGGCGCUGCUCAAGCACGCCAAGACGCAGCUCAGCCUGGGGACGGUGACAAACCUCGGCUCCGAGGACACGCUGCUCAUCCAGCACCAGGUGCAGAGGGACAGGACGUAUUCGGCGCUGUAUCUCUACGCCCGCAACCGGACGGUGAGCAGCACGCAGCGGGAGGAGCUGGGCCGGCACGCAGAGAGCCUGGGGCUGAGCCGGGGGGACGUGGUGUACGCGCCGUGGAGGAAGGAGCUGUGCCAACCGGGAGAAACGGAAAGAAGGGAAGAGGAGGAGGAUGGAGGAGCACCGGGCACGGCCCCGCCGAGCACCGCAGCGGGAGGGCACGCGGGCAGCCUGCAGCAAUAA